GUCUAUAAGAAGGCGUGGUUGACUUUGUAAAAGGAAGUUCAUAGAGUAAAGAUUAUAUAGUAUAUAUAUAUAUAUAUAUAUAUAUGAGUACAUAGUACUAGGGUCAGUGCUAGGCAUUUAGUUGUUAAGAAACGUGCCUCCCGUUUAAGUAAAAAAAGGCAUGAAUAUCCAGGUUUGCACAAAAUAUAGCGUUACAUUUAAUCAGUGUUUUUUUUUUAUGAUAGUGACUUAUUAUUUUUGCACUGAAGUCAAGGUUUUUUUUUUUUUUUUCAUUAAUGUAUUAAUGUUCAGCUAUCACACGCGUUCUUAUUUUCAUCUUCGUGAAAAAAUAGUGCAGUUGAGUAAGAUUAAUUAAUUUGAGCCAGUGUGUCGCUUUAUGUAUGGCUUAGUAUUCUGACAUGUCAAAUUUGGCUGUCAACUUUUAAUAGUUUGAUGUUAACAACACAGGAAAAGUUAACUUUUUAAAUUAAUUUUCGCAUUCGAGCUGUAUAGUUUUCUCAAUAGAUCAUUUAUAAUGCUACUGUCCAUGGUGGUGCACACAUACUCCAUGCGGUACUGGUUUCCUGCCGCUGUAAUGUUAGGCACAGCCCCGGCGUACCUUCUUACAUGGAGUGUCUUGCGGCUCCUCACCACUGUCCUUCCAGCUAGAUUAUACCAUGGUGUGGAUGAUCGUGUGUACUCAGUCUACCAGAACAUGGUCCUUUUCUUCUUCGAGAACUACACAGGGGUAGAGGUAGUUAUUUAUGGAGAUAUACCAAAGAACAAAGAGAAUGUGGUCUACCUUUCUAAUCAUCAGUGUACAGUUGACUGGAUAAUCGCGGACAUGCUUGCAGUCAGACAGAAUGCCCUUGGACACCUGCGAUAUGUUUUAAAAGAUGGGUUGAAAUGGCUUCCGUUGUAUGGAUGGUAUUUUUCACAGCAUGGAGGUGUUUAUGUGAAGCGAAGUGCCAAAUUUGAUGAGCAAGCAAUGAGAAACAAACUCAUCUCUCAAACAAAGUUAGGAACCCCGAUGUAUCUUGUAAUUUUUCCAGAAGGAACCCGUUACAAUCCCGAACUCCAAAAAGUAAUUUCUGCUAGUCAAGAUUUUGCCUGUAAAGAAGGACUUGCAGUGCUGAAGAAUGUACUAACACCAAGAAUGAAAGCGGCCCAUACAGCUGUAGACUCUAUGAAGGGUCACUUGGAUGCUGUUUAUGAUAUCACUGUAGCAUAUGAAGGAACUCUAGACAGCAAAGGUCAAAGAAAGACCGCUCCAUCUAUGCCAGAGUUCCUAUGCAAGGAAUGCCCCAGAGUUCAUAUUUACUUUGAACGCAUCGAAAUGAAAGACGUUCCCAGAGAGCCUGUGUUCUUUAGGAGGUGGCUGCAUGAGCGAUUCGCCAUCAAGGACAAGUUACUGACUGACUUCUAUGAAUCUGAAGAGCCUGAAAAAAAAAACAAAUUCCCAGGAGAAGGUCACGUAUCACCACUGAGCAUUAAGAAGACAUUACCAUCUUUAAUUUUCUUGUGUGGCCUAACAUUGCCAAUGCUGCUUACAGAGCCUGGAAGAAAACUAUAUAUAAACACCUGGGUUUAUGGAACUUUGGUGGGUUGGUUGUGGGUUCAUAUAAGAUUGUAAGAAAAUCAAACUUGUAAUACCAUUUAUAAUCAGUUUUGAACACCCAAUACCCUCUCUCCCCCAGAACGAUGAUGACUCAGAAACCAGAGGCUUAAACAAAACCUUUUUUUUUUUUUUUUUUUUUAAACUGGUGGCUUAUAAAACCCAUUUUACAAAUUGGUGGCUUAUGUACCUUUAACCUUAAUUGAUGUAUGAAAACCGCUAAUAACUGUUUUUUCUUUCAUAUGUUACUACAUAAUUACAGUAUCUAUGUGUCAAACCGUAUAUCUUUGGAUAUCAAAUGAGCUGACCAAUUAAAUGUUGUUCUUAGUUACUGAUCUAAGAUUCAGUCUCCUUGAAAACAGAUUAAUUGCACCAUGGAUUUGUAUCAAUUUAUUAACCAUUACAACAAAUGUUAAGUAUUCCAUUGUAGUAUUAAAGUUCAUGUCUUAUAAAGCAGAGAUAUAGCCUACUGUAUUUUAAACCAUCAGAGAAAAUGAACGGUAUUGGUCAAAGCUGAAAUACAUUUACACUAAGUAGAAUAAGAUAGUGUUGGCAUCCCAUCACCUAUUUAAAAACAUUGGUAAGAAUUCAACUAAGUAAAAAAAAAAAAAAAAAAAUUAAAUGUUUACAAUAUUAAAAUAUUUAACAAUAUUAAACUUGCACUGAUUACUGUGCAUGUAAAACUAGUUUUUUUAGGGUCCCUUGAACAAAGCUAUCUGGGAAACGUCCUCACGUGUUGCUACAACUGUUUAAAUAAUAUCCUGACAACUUUUUACACUUAUAACUUUAAAGUCUGUUUCAAACCUCUUUUCUAAAUGUCCUCUCUAGAGCACUGAUAGUGUAAGGAUUAUUGCCCACAUUGUCAAACAGGUAACACAGCAAUAAGGAUCCAUGAUGUGGUACGU